AUGGAGAUUUUCCGUCCUCCUCUCGAAGCUCCUACCGCAUACCUUGAUGGUUCCUCUCCCCGCCCAAUCAAGGCCUUGCCUUUGGAAUUCGGCUUCUUCUUAGGAACCUUAUGGGGUAGGAAAAACAAGCCGGAGUAUGAGGCCGCCCGUCGGGACAAAUACGAUCGGGAUUGGAUGCACAACUUUGAACCAACUCCGCUUGUGGUCUUGCUUCAUCCAAUCGACAAGAGCUAUUGGGUGCUCUUCAACUACCUACCCGGUAAAAAAAGGAGUGGGCCAUGGACCAAAAACUUGUCGGAUACUCAUCAUAAUACUCAUUCUGAUAAUUGCGACCUCUGUGAAAUGUGCUGUGAACGAUGUUACGAGCCGACCGAUCUCUGGACGCACGAAACAUGGCGGGGAUACCGGUAUGAAGAACAAGUCCGAGAACUUUGGCGAGUGGAACCUAUUGAACGACUCGAAGACUCGGAUUUUUGGGAGCGGGCUGGCAUCACUCCAUUUUCGGUCCUCCGAAUCCCACCCUUGGGAGAUGACGACGACUCCUCUGAAGACGACUCCUGUCCAAAAUGGAUUUUUGACGAAGAGCUGGUUGAAACCGAACCAGAAAAAGAAGAGGAGCAAAGCAGUCGAGACCAUGGGCCAUUUAUCGAGGUCGUUCAGAGUAACUGCGAGGAGGCGACCGCUUACAAAAUGUUCUCGGAGGCUACGAAUGUACGUCCCAACCCAUUCAAAGCCAAACAUGCAGAGUGGAAGGAGUACUGGGACAAGUAUGUAUCUGUGCCAGCUCCUGGUGCCUCGCCCUCCAGUGCAGCAAACCAAGAAGGUCAGGAUCAGGGUCCGGGUCCGAGCGAACAACCGGUUGUGGAGGAGUGGAGAUGUGCAAGUUGUCCAAAAUGUCGUUUGCGCAACCAACCCACAGGUAACGAGGAGGAUAACGAGGAUGAGGAGACUGAGCGGUGGCCUGAGCCUGAGCGUGAAAUGAUGCACAUGCCGAGGGUGAGGCUGAAUCCGGGGAAAAGGCGGAGGAGGCCGAGGGUGAAGCCGGGGCGAGGUGGAACCAGCGCCAAAGUUGAGGUUGAAGCUGAGCCCGAGCCUGCUUCGGCGUCCAGUCCAGAACCACAACGUCCAAGCAGCACCGGAGGAUCUGGUCAACAAGAGGGAACUUGA